AUGUUGGCUACUGACUCGAACCCAUUCUCAAAACAUAGUAUCACUCAACUAGGAUAUAUCGAGAAGAACACCCUAGCACAGCUUAUUUCAGGUGAUGAUGGCAUCUUGCAGAUUAGGGGGAAUAGGCUCGAAAACUACGUCAUAUAUCCAAUUAUUGAUGUUCUCGAAGAUGCGACUUCCGAGUUCCAAGUAUUGAUUUUGAUGAAUCGUCUAGAUGCUCAGAGUAGCAAAGCGUUCGUCUCUUCACUUAAGAAGCAUCUCAAUGUUGCGGAGGUUCCUAAUACUUUUUAUACGGCCCAACAGGAUAAGAUGGUGGGUCUUGGGCCUCUUCUCAGUAGCUCCACCACGCCCUCUAUCUACGCGAUAACCCCGGAAAUGAUGACUCAGUUGAAGAACGAAGGUGUCAUCGUACCCAAAGCAGUUCAUGUGAUGAUUGUUUAUGAGGCCGAGUAUGUUUUGCGGACACCCGCUCAGAUCGAAUCAAUCCGUAUCGCGCUGGACGAAUUCGAAGUCUGUCAGGUGAUACUAGCGGUUCAUGAUGCCACUGAGGAUGUGUUGCAUGCCGCAGAGGCUUUUGGGUUCUCAGACAAGACCAUUGUGUUUAGCAUGGAUCACACCAAUAUCUAUACUGCAGAACACUAUCGCUUCACGGAGGAAACAAUGCUAGAGUCUCUUUUGGAUCGCGCUGUCCAAUUUAGCAAGGAGAAUGCUGUUGUUGUCCUUUGCCAUGAUGCAAGAGAAGCUCAGCGAAUAAGGGGCCAGCUUGCUGAACGCGCUGAGAUGGCAAGUCGUGGAGAAGAAAUUUAUUUUAGCUGCAACCGUUCUAUAUUCUCUAACUCGAUAGCCAAUGUUUACUAUUCUGUUGAUAAAUAG